GGGUGGGAGGACGAGCUUCUUGGUGACGUAAGACCUGAGGAGGGGCGUGCCUUCUGAGUGACUCUUCGCCUGGAAGGGGGCGGGCUCUUAAUGACGAAACUCCGGGGAGGAGACAGGCGUUCAUUGAUAAAAACGCCGGGCUCCCUCGGGCGCGAGCGCAGCGUAGCAAACCCAGGCAGUGCCACGCGCGGCCCGGGCCUGGCGGAACAGAAACAAGCCGGGCCCGCGCUGCGACGCACCGCCUGCAUGGAGCCCGCCGCCGGCUUCCUAUCCCCGCGUCCCUUCCCGCGUGCUGCCGCCCCGCCCGCGCCCCCUGCCGGGCCCGGGCCGCCUGAGAAUGCCUCGCCGGGACCUGAUCUGGAGAUGCUGGCCGGACCACCGGCGCCGGACUCAGGGCGCCUCAUCACCGACCCGCGCAGCGGCCGCACCUACUUCAAAGGCCGCCUGUUGGGCAAGGGGGGCUUUGCCCGCUGCUACGAGGCCACUGACACGGAGACCGGCAACGCCUACGCUGUCAAAGUCAUCUCACAGAGCCGCAUCACCAAGCCGCAUCAACGCGAGAAGAUCCUAAAUGAGAUUGAGCUGCACCGCGGCCUGCAGCACCGCCACAUCGUGCGUUUCUCACACCACUUUGAGGAUGCUGACAACAUAUACAUUUUCCUGGAGCUCUGCAGCCGAAAGUCCCUGGCCCACAUCUGGAAGGCCCGGCACACCCUGUUGGAGCCAGAGGUGCGCUACUACCUGCGCCAGAUCCUUUCCGGACUCAAGUACUUGCACCAGCGGGGCAUCCUACAUCGAGACCUCAAGCUGGGAAAUUUUUUUAUCACUGAGAACAUGGAACUGAAGAUGGGGGACUUUGGGCUGGCAACCCGGUUGGAACCCCCGGAACAUAGGAAGAAAACCAUCUGUGGCACCCCCAAUUAUGUGGCUCCAGAAGUGCUGCAAAGACAGGGCCAUGGCCCUGAGGCAGACGUGUGGUCCCUGGGCUGUGUCAUGUACACACUGCUGUGUGGGAGUCCCCCCUUUGAGACAGUUGACUUGAAGGAGACCUAUCGCUGCAUCAAACAGGUUCACUACACACUGCCUGCCAGCCUCUCACUGCCUGCCCGGCAGCUCCUGGCUGCCAUCCUUCGAGCCUCGCCCCAAGACCGCCCCUCAAUUGACCAGAUCCUGCACCAUGACUUCUUUACCAAGGGCUACACCCCCGACCGGCUCCCUGUCAGCAGCUGUGUGACAGUCCCAGACCUGAUACCCCUUAACCCAGCUAGGAUUCUGCUUGUCAAAGUUACCAAGAGCCUCUUUGGCAGGAAGAAGAAGAGAAGCCUGCGGGGUGGGCAGGAUACUGAGGGCUAUAUCUUCCCCCACCCAGGUAAGAACCAUCCUGAGGAGCGGGACGAGGUCUCCGGUUUGGUGAAUGGCCUCACUCGGACGUCCAUUGGGCAUCAAGAUGCCAGGCCUGAGGCUCCAGCAGCUUCUGGUCCAGCACCCCUCAGCUUGGUAGAGACGGCACCUGAGGACAGCUCACCCCGUGGGACACUGGCAAGCAGUGGAGAUGGGUUUGAAGAAGGUCUGACUGUGGCCACAGUGGUGGAGUCAGCCCUCUGUGCUCUGAGAAACUGCCUGGCCUUCAUGCCCCCAGCGGAACAGAACCCAGCUCCCCUUGCACAGCCAGAGCCUCUGGUAUGGGUCAGCAAGUGGGUUGACUACUCCAACAAAUUUGGCUUUGGGUAUCAACUGUCCAGCCGCCGUGUGGCUGUGCUUUUCAACAAUGGCACACAUAUGGCCCUUUCAGCCAACAGAAAGACUGUGCACUACAACCCUACCAGCACAAAACACUUCUCUUUCUCUGUGGGUGCUGUGCCUCGGGCCCUGCAGCCUCAGCUUGGUGUCCUACGAUAUUUUGCCUCCUACAUGGAGCAGCGUCUCAUGAAGGGUGGUGAUCUGCCCAGUGUGGAAGAAGUGGAGAUGCCUGUCCCCCCACUCUUGCUGCAGUGGGUCAAGACUGAUCAGGCCCUACUCAUGCUGUUUAGUGAUGGUACUGUCCAGGUGAACUUCUAUGGCGACCACACAAAACUGAUCCUCAGUGGCUGGGAGCCCCUGCUUGUGACUUUUGUGGCCCGCAAUCGCAGUGCUUGCACUUACCUCGCUUCCCACCUUCGGCAGCUGGGCUGUUCUCCGGACCUGCGGCAGCGGCUCCGCUAUGCUCUGCGUCUGCUCCGGGACCGCUGCCCAGCCUAGGCCCCAACCUGCAGAGCAGGCCUUGACCUAAAGCCUCAGGGCUGGGGCCUGUGCCUGUAAGGCUGUGGCCUUUGCCUUUGUGGGCCUCCCUGUCCCUUCGGUGCCUCACUGGGGGCUGUGGGCCGAAUCCCCCAGGGAAUCAGGGACCAGCUUUACUGCGGUUGGAGUCUGCCUGUCUCGGCAGCCUCCUACCCCUUCUCCAAGAAAAGCCUGAGCCUUAGUCCCCAGCUAGGGGACGUUAUUUAUGGACCACUUUUAUUUAUUGACAGACAUUUAUUUAUUGGGAUUGAGCCCCAGGGAGGGCCUCCUCCUGGGAUAAUAAACCGUUUUUGCAUAA